AUGAGGCAUAAUCAGCUGUGUUGUGAGACACCAUCUUCUGUCACUGUUUAUGUAAAAUCAGGAUCAAAUCAAUCACAUCAACCUAAAAGCAUUAAUUUGAAGCGCCCUAUGUUUAAAGUUAGUGAGCCAAUAUCUGAAAACAAUGUACAUAAUAACAAAUUUAAACGUGCCAAAGGAGCCUGUCUAGUUAUACAACGACAGGAAAUGACUGCUUUUUUAAAAUUAUUUGAUGAUGAUUUAAUUCAAGACUUCUUGUGGAUGGACUGCUGCUGUAAAAUUGCAGACAAGUAUCUUUUGGCUAUGACCUUUGUUUAUUUCAAGAGAGCUAAAUUUACUGUAAAUGAACAUACCAGGAUAAAUUUCUUUAUUGCUUUGUAUCUGGCUAAUGCAGUUGAAGAAGAUGAAGAAGAAUCCAAAUAUGAAAUUUUCCCUUGGGCUUUAGGGAAAAACUGGAGAAAAUUGUUUCCUAAUUUCUUAAAGCUCAGGGACAAGCUCUGGGAUAGAAUCGACUAUAGAGCUAUUGUCAGCAGGCAAUGCUGUGAGGAGGUUAUGGCCAUUGCCCCAACUCAUUAUAUAUGGCAACGUGAACGCUCAGUGCAUCACAGUGGAGCUGUCAGAAACUACAACAAAGAUGAAGUUCAAAUGCCUCGGGGGCCGAGUGCCACACCUGUAGAUUGUUCACUCUGUGGUCAAAAAGGAAGAUAUGUUAGCCUGGGAUUGUCUUCAUCAUCUUCAUCUAGUGAGACAAACGAGGCAGUGGAGAAACAUUCUCAAGCAUCACACAAUUCAUUCCCAAAGGACAUAAUAGUUGACCCUUCUCAAGUUUAUAGCUAUUGUCAAGCCAAUGACCAUCAAUCAAAGAAAGAAGAGAAAAAUAAUUUAAUGGAGAAUGACAAGUCUAUGGAGUGGUUCACAAGAGAAGAAUGA